CUUCUCCCUCUCCUGAUGAGACGAUUUUCCGCCGCAUUCUCCUUCGCGCAAUCCUCCCACCUCGCUGGGGCCAUUCUCGAGUCCCUCCUUUCCCGUUCCUCAUUGACCCCGCCCCGGUAAGCUCAGACAUAGGUCCCCACCAUGUUUUGGCGAUUUGGUGGAUAUGCACAGCUUUCGUCGCUGGACAGCAUCUUGGACAAACCCGACGUGACCGUUGAGGAAUUGUUGGAUGAGUCGGACCUGAUCCAGGAACUCAAGCAGCAGAACUCGAAACUCAUCGAGUACCUCCGCGAUGAGAAUGUCCUAGAGCGAUUGCUCCGAUAUGUCAUUGCUCCCAAGGCUUCGGAACAUGCGGACGAUGUAGGUGGUGACGAUAGCGGAGACAAGGCUAGAAGGACCUCAAGAGAGGGUUUCUUUGGAAACUUCACAGGAAGAGCCCGCUCCACAUCCACAGCCAAAUCAGAUGCUGGCGAUGGCGAAGAGAGUAAAGAAGAGAAACAGCGUAUGAAGUAUGCCUACGUCUCCUGCGAAAUCCUCUCGUCCGAAGUAUGGUCCAUUUCCGAGGCGGUACUCGAAAACCAGGAAACACUACGCAAUUUCUGGAAUUAUAUCAAGCAGCCAGCACCUCUAGAUCCCGUACAGGCAGGAUAUUUCACAAAGGUCAACGAAUCCCUGCUCGACCGCAAGAUGGAGGAGAUGCUUGAGUUUUUCAAGUCCAUCGACAACGUUGUUGCUGAUAUGCUUCAACACGUCGAUUGCCCCAUGAUAAUGGACCUACUGUUGAAGAUUAUCAGCUUAGAAAAGAGUGAGGGGGGCCAAGGAAUUGUUGACUGGCUGCAAUCCCAAAACCUCAUGCCACAGCUUCUAGCAAACCUAUCGCCAGAGCAGAGUUCUUCAACACAAACUUCUGCAGGCGACUUUAUCAAAGCCAUCAUUACCAUCUCCGCAAAUGCCACCACGCAAGAUCAGUCAGUCAUUGGGCCAAACGAACUCACCCGGCAAUUGGUGUCGGAGUCUUGCAUCAAGACUUUAAUUGAAGACAUGCUGCGGGGUGGCAACCCCCUCACUGUUGGCGUGGGCAUCAUUAUCGAGGUCAUUCGAAAGAACAAUUCGGAUUAUGACUUGGAAAACCAAGUCGGCCCGGUUCCUAAGAAUUCGGAUCCAAUUUAUCUUGGAACGCUUCUUCGCCAAUUUGCAAAACACAUUCCUCAGUUCAUGGAAUUGGUGCAUGACCCAAAUCAGACCAUCGCCAAUCAGGACGGCACAACUACCACCAGAAAGCGGGAGCUGAAGACAGCUUUCGGUGAGAAGAUCGAGCCUCUUGGGUUUGAUCGAUUCAAGACUUGUGAAUUGAUGGCAGAGUUGCUACACUGCAGCAAUAUGGCAUUGCUGAACGAGAGAGGCAGUGAAGCUGAAGUAAAGCGCAGAGAUAAUGAAAGAGAACAGCUAAAAGCUGAGGGUAAACUGACGUCAAGAACAAACACCCAUGCUGGAGACUUCUCGACCAGUGUUGACAGUCAUGGAUUCCACCACGCCCGGGCACCAUCGAGCGAGUCACCCGAAGAAGUGAAAAAGCUCGAGGUACAAAAUAAUUCCGAGGACGACUUUGAAAAGGUGACAGUGUCCGAGGCUGCCUCGGAAGAUAUUAAGGAAAAGGAUCAGAUUAGUGAGCCUUUGGAGAAAUCACCCAAGAUACUUCCUAAAGAAGCGUCCGAAAAAUCCGAGGGCGAUGGCGAGUUUGUUGAUGAACCUCUGUCGCCGGCCAAGGAUGCGGAAGCCCCUGACGCAGAAUCUCCAGCUAAGCCUGCGGAUGAUGCCGAAUCUCCCACUUCAGCCGGACUUUCUGCCAAGGUGGGAGGUCUCGAUUUGGACAAUGAUACAGUGAUGGGCGAGCGACAUGACACAACGGAAGCUCCGCCAGUAGAAGCAGAUUCGAAAGAACGCCCAUCGCUCCUCACACAACAACUUAACAAAACCUCGAACCCAGAAACACUGGAUCCACCUGAAGGCCUUUCUCCCCAUGCAGAGGACAAGCCUGCACCGUUAUUCUCUGGGAAGCCGAAGACCCUAGAGGCUGCUCCAGAGCCUCCAUCUAACACAUCCAAAUUCACUGCCAGUGUUGCACCUAGCGAAGGAUCUGAAAUCACACCAAUUGACGACGACGGUAGUGUGCGAUCCAUUCUUUUGGGCGGCACAGAAGGCCAGUAUCCACCUCAGUAUGAGGUCGACAUUGAUGGAACACCCGUUGUCGGCGAUCUUUUGAAGAUGAUGUUCGUAGAAAACAAAGUAGUUCCUACAAUCCUCGAUUUCUUCUUCCGAUUUCCCUGGAACAACUUCCUCCACAAUGUUGUCUACGAUGUUGUACAGCAAGUCUUCAAUGGCCAGAUGGACCGCGGCUUCAACCGCAGCCUAGCGAUCGAUCUUUUCGAAACAGGUCGGAUCACUGACAGAAUCAUCGAAGGACAACAGGCCAGCGAUGAGGCUCAGGCCAAGACACAUAUGCGUCUUGGUUACAUGGGUCAUCUCACACUUAUAGCAGAAGAGGUACUAAAGUUCACAGAGCGACAUCCAGCAGAACUUCUUUCCCAGUCGGUACUGGACAAAGUAAUGAGUCAGGCCUGGAUCGACUACGUCGAGCAGACACUGGCAGAAACGCGGGAACGAGACAACGCUAUACUGGGUGGCGUUCGCCCCGACAUGAGCGUAGGACCUCGCCAGGCUGUCCUGAACGCUGUCAAUGCGGCUUCCGGCUUCACUAAUGACAGCUCUUCGGGCCUUGCUGCAGCAGGACUGACUGGUGGUGGCACCAUCGGACUGGACAGCAUGGAACUAGCCAACACAGAAAGCUCAGGUGGCGGAUACACCUUCGGUGGUGGCACACUACUUAGCGGCUUCACCAAUUCGAGUGAUGAGGAGGACGAAGAGAUGGAUGAGGGUGAGGUGGAGCGAGAGCGGCAUACGCCCGUGAGUGAUUCGGAACAAGUGGGUGAACUCUCAUUUGAAGACGUCGAGAUGGACUACCGAUAAUCUACCCGAACCCGACACUGCCAUGUCUGCGCGUUGGUGCGUUUCAUUUUCCAUCACUCCCAUUCUAUGUUUUGGGCCUGUACAGUGUUUCCUCUCGUUUUCAUUCCGCAUACACACUUUAAAGACAUGUUGUUCGGCCCGGUCAGGAAGACUAUUUAUACCACCCCAAUUCUCUUCAUUUACACAUGCACUCCUGCCUCUGGAAUGUAUUACA